AUGACGACUUCGCUGCUCCUGCAUCCGCGCUGGCCAGAGAGCCUUAUGUACGUCUAUGAGGACAGCGUGGCGGAGAGCGGCGGCAGCGGCGGCGGCGCGGGCGGAGUGGGGGGCGGCUGCAGCGGAGCGAGCCCCGGCAAAGCCCCGAGUAUGGAUGGUCUGGGCAGCAGCUGUCCGGCCAGCCACUGCCGCGACUUGCUUCCGCACCCCGUGCUGGGCCGCCCGCCAGCUCCUCUGGGCGCCCCUCAGGGCGCAGUCUACACGGACAUCCCAGCCCCUGAGGCGGCGCGCCAGUGUGCCCCGCCGCCCGCGCCCCCCACUUCAUCCAGCGCCACCCUGGGCUACGGCUACCCAUUCGGGGGCAGCUACUACGGCUGCCGCCUGUCGCACAACGUGAACCUACAGCAGAAGCCUUGCGCCUACCACCCGGGGGAUAAGUACCCGGAACCGUCGGGCGCGCUGCCGGGUGACGACUUGUCCUCCAGGGCCAAGGAAUUCGCCUUCUACCCCAGCUUCGCCAGCUCCUACCAGGCGAUGCCCAGCUACCUGGACGUGUCGGUGGUGCCCGGAAUCAGCGGGCAUCCGGAGCCGCGUCACGACGCGCUCAUCCCAGUCGAAGGUUACCAGCACUGGGCUCUCUCCAAUGGCUGGGACAGUCAGGUGUACUGCUCCAAAGAACAGUCGCAAUCCACCCACCUCUGGAAGUCUCCUUUCCCAGACGUGGUUCCCCUUCAGCCCGAGGUGAGCAGCUACCGCCGUGGGCGCAAGAAGCGAGUGCCCUACACUAAGGUGCAGCUGAAGGAGCUAGAGAAAGAGUAUGCGGCUAGCAAGUUCAUCACCAAAGAGAAGCGCCGGCGCAUCUCAGCCACCACGAACCUCUCCGAGCGCCAGGUCACCAUCUGGUUUCAGAACCGGCGGGUCAAAGAGAAGAAGGUGGUCAGCAAAUCGAAAGCGCCUCAUCUCCACUCCACCUGACCGUCCGCCGGCUGCCCGCCCCGUCUAUUUAUGUGACCGCUUUGUACCACAACCUAACCCACUGAAGGACACUGCGCUGGUGCAGACAAAUAUUUAAUGUUAAAAAGGAAGAGGAACCCGCCACUGGGAGGCAGGGAGGCUCUGAAGUCAGGUUUGGCCAUCCAAACCUAGCUUCUACUCCCAUUCACACAGACCCACUGGGGCUUCAGCGGCUUUGAAGAUGGGUCCGGGUGGCCUUGCCCUUGUCUCUGCCAGCAAGCCAAGUGGCAGUGAAGAGCCCAGUGGUUCCAACCAAAUCAGGGUUGGGAAAUGACCCUAAUUCUUGCCUCAUCCUAUGACCAGGCUGGUAGAGGACCCUCCUUAAGGGUGCAGCUUUGGAGCAGGAUCUGGCCAGCUCAUACUUUCCUUCCCUGUCCCUCCCAUAUUCCAUAGGCAAGAUUUCCCAGUAAAGAGUUUCUGUGCAUAUUAAAAGUCCCCGUUAAUAUUAAUGGUAAUUGUUAGGGAUCUGGCAGCAUGACUGGAAUGCAGAUGGUUCUUAGAGCUGGUGGGUUUUCUUUCUUUCCUAUCCGUUUUAACAAACCCUGGAAUCACCGCGGCCCCUACACUCCAUCCCAAGAAAGAGAAUCUCUCAGGAGCUGCCUUUGCACCUACUGCCUCUCCUGUUCUGCUCUCACUGAACAUGUGGAAAUCCAAGGAGGACAAACAUUCCAACCAUGCUGCUAAUAUGGCUUCUCUUUUCUCUUUCUCUUUCUAGGUGGUGAGGUUAAGGAUUAGGCCAGGCACAGAAGCAGAAUUUUUUGUAAGGAUAAAUUUUUAAGGGUUUGGAGAGUAGGUCCCUCAGCAGAGUCCCUCUCUAGUCACCUCUCCACCAAGGCUCUAGCUCUGUAGAGAGGCCUCAUGCUUUCACUUUCACUGAUUUCAAGAGGAAAGGGAGAGGACUUAGUCCAGGAGGCUAGAGUAACUGCCACCCCCCUCAGACAGCUACACUCCUCCUCCAGGCUGCCUAAUAUUUCCUUCCUGAAAGUCCAACUUGGGUGCUGUGGGGCCCCCUCACCUCUUCCCUCCCACUGGUGCAUUACAACACAGUGUUCUUUUGAAAUGUCCAUGAGAAAUAGGCUUUUUUUUUUUAAUGUUGUGUAUCUGUAUAUAGUAUUGUGAUGUCUGAAUGACAAUUUACUGAAUGCAAAAAGAAAAAACCCAUAAACCUGUUUUUAAAAUAAAGUCCUUUUUUUUUUUUUGCCUUGA